AUGGAAGAAUUAUUAUUUAAUAAUAAUAAUAAUAAUAAGGAUUCUAAUACUAUGAAUAUGAAUACUACUACUAUGAAUAUUACCAUGAAUAUGAAUACUACUACUAUGAAUAUGAAUACUACUACUAAUAACACCACCAACAGCACCACCACUACUAUUGAUACCACCAAUACUACUUCAACAUGGAUUCAUCAACAAGCACAAGAAUUGAUUCAAGAGGAAUUGAAACACAUUUCUUCAAUCACUUCCAACAACAUGCUGUCCUUAUCAUCUUCUCCAAAUCAUCUUAUCGACGACGACGAUGAAGACAACAACAAGCAUUCUACUCCUUGUUCUCAACACUAUCUAUGGAUCUAUCAAAUCAUGUUAAAAGAUUUAUUGGAAUUAUUCAACAAUCCUUCCAUGAAAGAUACACCACAACAAUCACUACAACAAUCUACAUUUCGAUUAUGGACAUUUGAAAUUUUAGAAAAACAAUAUAAGGAGCGAUUAAGUGAAGAAAUGCAUGAUUUAUUUCAUUUUACUUUUAUGGAUGACGAUGAGAGAGGAAUCUUGGAGAAUCCAUCCACCAACUCAACCACAACAACCAAAACCUCAAUCACAAGUUCUCAUCAUGGAGACAUAAGUAAAAAGAUGGUCUAUUUGGAGAGAAGUGAAUUAUAUCAUGAUCGAAUCAGGAGGAUGUGUACAGGUAGUAGUAGUGAUAUUAAUAGUAAUAUUAAUAGUAGUGACAAUAGUAGUAGUAAUAGUAGUAGCACCAGUAGUAGUAGUAAUAGUAAUAAUUCUCAUGAGAACUCUCUCAAUGAUUUUUCAUAUCUUAUUCAAUACGUUGAAAAGAAUGGAGUGGAAUCAUUGAGAAGAGAUUUCUCCAUGUUCAUUCAACAUCAAAGUGUGCAUGUGGUUGUGUCUCAAAAUGUUGAACAAGUACAACAAUUAGUAGAACAACCCCAUGAACCACUUGACAUGCAUUCCACCACUCCUUUGAACAACACCAGCAACACCACCACUCAUCACCAUGAUGGUAUUGAUAGUAGUAGUAGUAGUAGUAGUAGUAGUAGUAGUAGUGAUGAUGAUGAUGAUGAUCAUGGUCAUCAAUUUACUACUACUCGUCAAGGAAUGAAGUUAUUAACAUUGUAUGAAUAUAUUUAUUGUACAUUGGACAAACAAUGUUCACCCAUAUGGGUUCAAUAUACUUCUACUACACAAGAAAAAAGAUUUAAAUUACAAGAACAAAAAAAUCCUUCCAAUGAUACUACUACUAAUGCGACUACUACUACUACCUCUACGACAUGUCCCAUGACUGUUGAAAAGAAUCCAUGUCAAUAUUGUACCAGUAUGGUAUUGUUGAAAACAAUGACUAUUAUUACCACUCGUACCUCCAACAUGACCAACAUGACCAACAACCACAUCAACCAUUCUUCUUCAAUGAAUACCAUGAACAACUCCAACACCACCACUAACACCACCACUGAAUCUUCUUCUUCUUAUCAAUUAGUUGCAGUUAAUCAUAGACCAAUGAUUGAUUUAUACUUUGAUGAUGGAUUAGAUAGUGAUUUAAUAGUGAAAAGUACUGAUUUAGAUUUUGAAAAAGGAACAUUAAUCUAUGAAAAAGUAGAUGGAUUGACUUGUCUGGUAUUUCCUAAUAUAGUUAAAAAGAAGUACCUUGAUAAGAUUACUACAAAUACUACUUCUCAUCCUUCCAUUCAAUUUUGUAUCAUCAUGAAUCAUCCCGAUCAGACUAUUACUCAUUCACAACAAUUUGAUGAUUAUCUCAUUUAUUGUCCAGAUAUUCAAAAGAAACAACGUUUUUCAAAAGAUAAGAAUUGGAAUUUAGGUGUUUAUAGGAGAGUGAUGAUUGAGAUUAGUCAAACUAUCAUAAAUGAACCUAUCUUGAAUGUAUCAAAUGGAUCAUCAAAAGCACCAUUAUUACCUCUGACCAAAAUGGAUGAUGAAAUACGAAAAGAACGACAAGCCUUCACUCAUAUCUUUUGGAAAACAUUUCAAGAAAUGGGUGGAAAAUUACCAUUUUGGGAUGAAACAUCAUCCAAGUGCUAUAUUUUUGAAUUGUGUUUACGUAGUGAUAAUGAUCAACAUGAUUCAAGUAGUAGUGGUAGUGGUAGUGGUAGUAGUACUAAUCACAUUUGGACAAGCCCAUCACAACAAGAAUAUACUCAAUCGACAGAGUCCACUCUCGAACAAGACCAAUUAUUUACUUUACACUUUAAUAUUUUAAAACAUCAAGCCAUUACCAAGAACACCAUUAUUGGAAAAUGA